AUGACUUCUCCCGAACUCUUUGUCAAUGAUAUGAUUCGUUGCAUGUCUGUCCUUGCUAUUUGGUCUACAAAGAGAUAUCGCUGUGAUAUACAUGAGAUUCAGCGUAGAGUCCGUAUGAUGCAUUCGUUGGCUAUUGAACAACGUAUCUUGUCAAAUACUGCAGACUUGGAUGAUGGUAUCAAACAGUCUGACAAAUGUAAUAGUCAGGAUGCUCCUAUGCUUUUAUCAGAUAAUCAAUUAAUUGAAUACUUGGCCAACGGACCCACUGUGUUUCUGAUUAACAAGGCUUCUUGGCAGCUAAACUUUUCUAAUCCUGGCCAGUACUCGUUGAGUGCUAUUAGUAAACCUUCUGAUACGGAUGCAUUGGAUAUUUCUGAUGCUGUAAAUAUCGACGGUCGUCUUAUAGCACUCGCCAUUAGUGUUCGUCAAACCAUUACUUCCAACCUUCACAAUCAUGCAUUGAAUGCAUCCGAGUCAAAUGUCAAUGUAAAAAAAGAUGGUUUGAAGCCAAAGUCGGAUGGUCGAAGCUCAAAAUCGCUCAGUAAUGCCAAAGGUACUCUCAAGCCUCAACGUCAGAUAAAUCAUCAGAGUGUCAAGGAUGUUAUGUUGGCAUCCACCAAGCCAACUGACGAUGAGCGAUUGAUAUUGGAAUUGGUUGUGUUAUGCGCUGCUACUCUUUACUGGGCUCAAGAUCGAACUCUGUCUGUUACUGAUGCCACGACACGCACGCUGUCGCUCUACUCUCGAUGUCUUGAGGAAAAUGACAUACUAACCGGUUCAAAGCUUUCAAUGUAUGAACGACAGAAAUAUAUGGACGCUCUCAUUCCAUCUGGUGGUCUUGCCGAGUUUUUCUUGACUCAUCCAUAUCCUGUAUAUGUUGAUAAUGCUGGCAUCUUCCAGUUGGAGCUGGUAUCUGACUGUAAAGAAGUUAUACAUCAAAAUCCUGUUGAUACUUCAGACAUGCCUCAGCAACUAAGACUCCGUCAGCUUGCUGCAGACUGGAACUAUGUGUUGCAUACUCCCUUGACUUAUGUUCCAAAACUGCUGCCAUUGCUUCUUGAUAUGGCAAAGACAUUCGAGUCAACUCUAAACAAAUCGCCUUCAAAGCUUAAAUCUAAAAGCAAACCUGAAACACCCAUUCAAGUCUCUGUUGCAUCCGAGGGUCAUUCAGGUAAACCUCUGCCAAAAACACUCAAAUCCCCACUGCGAACUAGUCAGGCCUCACCUUUUAGCUCUGCGUCUAAACCUUCAGUGCAAGGCAAUUCUGUUUCUACAGAGCUCAACGUGCGUCAAUUUCCCAAGAUUCGUAUCCAAGUCAUUGUCUGUGCUUUGUGCGUCUAUUUCGUAGAGGACAAAUCCUGCUUUAACAAUGACCUGGGAAGUCCACUACGAGAUUUUCAUGAGGCUCUCUCCAACUGGCUGCUCAAGACCAAUCAAGAGGAAAUUGAAUCCCUGCCUAAGCUACGAUCUCUUGGAUUUUUAAAUCUAAUCGAUCCUAUUCUUGUUGUCAUUCGCGGAGAAAUCUGGACGCUAUCUCGUUCGGCUCCCCUCAAGAACGGACUUCGUAAAAUCUUUCUCAACAUGGUUGUCAAUCCAACACCACAAGAAAUAGCCGAUGCCAUUCCAAUCCAAGACAGUUGGGUCGAUUUUGCUCAGGAGUGCUUUGAAGACGAAUCCAGCAUGUCGGAUGAGGACACUAUAGAACCGAAUGACAGUUCUCCAGAAGCACUUGACCUAUUGACUGUUGAGGCUCCUGCACCUGUACAAGUAUACGAUCUUGAAACAGCUCUUGAUUUACAAAACUUUUACGAGGAGUUUACAAGGCUAGCAGGACAGCCUGAUCGCCGUGAAUUUGUUGAUAAAGUACAAAAGAUUCUUAAUCAGGCAUACAACAAUACUGCACAUGUGUAUCUUUUUGGCUCGUCUGUCAACAAUCUUGGACUCAACACAUCGGAUGUAGACAUGACAAUUGAGAUUUCUCCCGAGCUGAUUUCAAAUCACAAGGCUAAAAACAUGCAUCAUCUGGCUGGAAUACUGCGAGCUGGAGGCAUGAAAGAAGUCGUAGCAAUCUCUCACGCUCGAGUUCCCAUUUGCAAAUUUUAUGAUCCCAAGCUCUGUGUGCAUGCAGAUAUCAAUGUUGGUCAUAGUCUUGGUGUUUACAAUUCUGCACUUUUGAAAGCAUACACGUUGCUGGAUCCUAGAGUAAAGCCUUUUAUUCUGCUCAUCAAACUUUGGUCAAAAGCCCGAGAUCUAAACAAUCCUUCAAGUGGAGGAACCUUGAGCUCGUAUGCAUACUCCAUUAUGGCUAUAGCUUAUAUGCAAAAGCUGGGACUUUUACCGUCCUUGCAACUGGCCGUGCCGCCAGGAACAGUUUCUGUUGCGCAUGUGCCUUGUCCUACCAUUAGAGCAAGGGGCAAAAGAAACGAGUCUGGCAAAAAAGGUGCACCUUUAAUGCGAGAAGUGGAUGUUACUUUUGAGCACAAUCUCGACAGCCCUCUAUUACGAAAAUAUACCGAAGCAACCAUGCUUCUUGGAUGGGAUAAUGUCGAUGAUAUUUUCAGAUCACCACGCGGAGUUGUAGCAUUAUUUUAUGGAUUUAUGAGGUACUUUGGCUACGAACAUGUAUACGAUGCAUCAAACUGUGUGUCGAUUAAAGAUGGAAAUGGAUUCAAAACUGUAACGACUGAUCAAGCUAGCAAGGGAAAACGUGGUCGGAAUGGUAAUCUUGUUUUGAUUGUUGAGGAUCCAUUUGAAGCGGAUCGCAACUGCACUCGAAACACUACUACAACCAGCCUGAUUCGACUAUUGAAAGAGUUUCGUAGAGCUGCUGAUCUUGUGGGUUCUGAUACUCCAGGCGUGGUCAAUGAACUGCUGGUUCCUGUUGUAUGUCGUGAAUUCACAUCGAAUAGGAAUCGUGGAGGAUAUGGUCUAAAUCGUCGUCAAAGCAACAACUCUCAGCACUCGGAUGAUUCCUAUCAAAAUUCUGAUCGUCGUCGAAGUUCAGCAAGCUAUAAUGGUCGAUACCACAACUCGGCCAAUUCUCGCCAAAACGCCACAAGCACCAAUGGUCAGUAUCAAUCGGCUGCAAACAGGAAACAAAGCACGACCAGUACUGGAGGUACAGCCAGUAGCACCAACUGGCGAUCCCGAUCAUCUAUUGCAUCAGAUCAUAGCAGUACAAAACGUCAUAGCAACCCAUACAUUGAAACUAUUUCAGAAGCUGGUGUCAUUGCAACUGCUACGUGA